AUGAGCACCACUCUGACCGAGAUUGUCCGCCAGGCUCCUCGCCAGGUGGGCGUCGUUCGCGCCCAGGCUUGGGAGGACGCGCGCCCCGCGUCGGCGCCCACUGCGCCUGUGGCUCAGCUCAGCCGCGCCCUCAACGACGGCGCCGAGGGCGGCCGCCUCCCUGCGCCUCCCCUCGUGCUGCGCCCGCGCCCCGCCGUCCACCCCGCGCUCACCGCCGAGGUCCACGACGCGGACGUGCACGCCCUCGUCGACGCCGUCGUCGAGGCCCGCAUGAACGGCGGCAUGGAGGACGAGUCGGCCUUCUUCGCUGGCGACCUGUCUGCGGUCUAUGACGCUGUCGCGCAGUGGCGUGCGUCGCCCAUUGGCUCCCGCGUCGAGAUCUUCUACGCGGUCAAGUGCAACCCGUCCCCGAUGGUGCUGCACCUGCUCUCCCUCCUGGGCGUGAACUUUGACUGCGCCUCGUCGUCUGAGAUCAACCACGUCCUCUCGCUUCCCGCCCAGCCCUCGCCGGACCGCAUCAUCUUUGCGAACCCGUGCAAGCCCGCUUCGUUUGUGCGCAAGGCGGCCCAGGUCGGCGUGGACAUGAUGACCUUUGACAACGCCGACGAGCUGCACAAGGUCAAGGCGCUGCACCCGGGUGCCAAGCUCGUGCUGCGCAUCCUGACGGACGACUCGAAGUCGCUCUGCCGCCUCGGGCUUAAGUUUGGCGCGCCCCUGGACGUUUGCCCCUCCCUCCUGAAGACGGCGAAGGAGCUGGGCCUCGACGUCGUCGGCGUCUCCUUCCACGUCGGCUCGGGAUGCAAGGACCCCGAGCAGUUUGCCGAUGCGAUCUGGCGCGCGCGCCGUGCGUUCGACAUGGCCGCCGAGGCCGGGUUCGACCUCAAGCUGCUCGACAUUGGCGGCGGGUUUGAGCGCGAGACCUUUGCGCAGAUGUCCCGCGUCAUCAGCGACAACCUCGACAUGUACUUCCCCGCGUCCGAGGGCGUGCGCGUCAUUGCCGAGCCGGGGCGCUUCCUCGUCUCGUCGGCCUUCACGCUGGCGACCAACGUGAUUGCGCGAAGGAAGAAUGCAGAGGCCGCCCAGGCCGAGAUCGAGGACAUCCCUGCUGGCGCCGAGGGCGAGGGCUCCGCCGACGUCAUGUACUACAUCAACGACGGCGUGUACGGCUCCUUCAACUGCAUCCUGUUCGACCACCAGAUCGUCCACCCCUACCCCCUGACCGUCUCUGGGGCUCAUGCAGCCGGCCGCCCCGCAUUCCCGCCCCCGCCAAACGUCGAGCUCGAGAAGGACCUGACGCUCCAGCUCGGCUACCGCCAGACCCAAAGGGCGUCCGUCUGGGGCCCGACCUGCGACAGCAUCGACUGCGUCCGUGCCGUCGUGUCCCUGCCUCCGCUCGAGGUGGGCGACUGGCUCGGAUGGGCCGAGAUGGGCGCGUACACCCUCUGCGCGGCUAGCACGUUCAACGGAUUCGACCGCUCCCCUGUUCACUGGACCACGGGCGGAGAGUCUAAGAACGCGCAGGUCGUCCGUGAGGUCCUUGGCAAGUUCAAGCAGCAGUAG